AUGGCGUCCAGCCAGCUCAUCCUCUUCGCCGCAGGUCUGCUCUCCGUCAUGGCCGCAACCUCCGCCAGCGUCGGGAACCAGUGUGUUCCUGGGUGGGCGAUUCCGCACAACCCGCUCCAAGCCUGCCGCACCUACGUGGUUAGUCAAAUCUGCGGUGUAGGUCCUCUACUCUUUACCUGGGACAUGAAGGAGCGGUGCUGCCGGGAGCUGUCGGCCAUCCCGGCGUACUGCCGUUGUGAGGCGCUGCGAAUUCUCAUGGACAGGGUGGUAACGGCGGAGGGUGUGUUCGAGGGCGGCCUCCAGGACAUUCACAUGCCCCAGUUGCAGUGUCCUAGGCAGACACAGAGGAACUACGCCGCCACCCUCAUUGCCCCGCAGGAGUGCAGCCUAAGACUGCUCGUAGUGGGAGUAACAUAG